CAACACACCACGUCUAUAGAUACUGUAGCACGACUCGACGUAUACACAGUCAGCCCGCAAUUAUACACAAAUUCAAGAGUUAAAUCAUAAAUCUAUAUAAUAUGAAUUUAUCGUAAAUCGUGUUACAAUAUUAAAAACGUAGGCACCUCGAAUUUCUGGGAAAUUUAAAAUUGUCUUGUGGCGAUGGAAGCUGACGAACCUAGUUACGAAUUCUCGACGUUAAAGUGUCAAUGGUCGUUAACCGACUCGCCUACUGUGACGGUACACUUGAAAGUGGCGUUUUGCGACGAGGCGGUUGACCAUCAGGCACGGAUGGCGUUGCAAGUAACUGCGAUCGUGAACUUGUCGUCCGAUGAUUAUGUAGUGUACACGGGAUUCGUAAUGGGCGACAAAGCAGCAGAUCAGACCCUAAAUUCGGGGGUCCAACACGACGACGACGAAUCAACAAUCGUUCGUAUUUGGUUACGGGACGCUCGAGCCGCAUUAGUGUGCAGUAGUGGUGACAAACCGUCGGCGGAGUACGAAUACCAUUUGCGACGGGAAGACGGCGAUAACGACCAACUGCUCACGUUGGCGUGGAAGAUUAAAGUUCGUCCGUUUGGCUUGGCGACGCUUGGCACGGUUCAGAUGAGAGAGGUAACGUCUACGAUGUCAGUGACGUGCACUUCGUUCAUCACACCGCUGAUUCGUUUACUCUCUGCUGAACGGAAGCAACGAGAACUGUCCGAUCUGGCAGCCGCGGACUGUGAGCGACGCCUUUCGGAAGACAACCGCCGACUGCUGAACGAAUUGCGGUCAAUGGUUGACAGCCGACAGUUAGACGACCAGCGGCUAAUGGCUCAGUUCGUGGAGGUGUUGAACACGAAAAAGCAUAAGAUAACCGAUCUGCAACAGAAGCUGGCUGACCUGAAGUUGGAGUGUAAUGUGCUACAACCAAUGGUCGCCGCCAGUGAUCAAGAUGAAGUGAUAGGUCGAAGAAGGCGGGGACGUGGUACGUGUCGUAGUCAACCCAGGUCGAUAUGUAAGAUUAGACGAUCGACCAUUAGUAGUCAGAACAUAAAAUGGUGUCCUUCCUCGUCCGAAGACGAGAACGUCGGUGUACAACUUAUCAAUGGUGAAAUCCAGCAGCCUAGUCCUAUGGAAGUGGAUGGAUUAAAUCGUGUCAAUAUUUCUGGUAAUGUAGUUUUAGAUACUGAGGAGACCCUUAUGUCCACUUCAAUACCAGAGUCUUCAGUACCAGUUUUCCCUAUUGUCCCAAUACCUACUUCACCAGAGAACAUACCAAUCGAUCCUCGAUACUUAGCGGACACUCAAAUAGAUUCACCUAGCAGUUCACCAACAUGGUUACAACAGUCAUUGACUGUUUCACCAUCGCCUCAGCUGCAGCCAUCAAUAAAUCAACAUGACAAACACGAACUACCAAAAAAAAAGUCUGUGCUUGAUGACCUAUGGUCUGGUAUUCUAUAGGUACCAAUUCGAAAAUACCGUCGUCGUAGCCUUGUAUCCCGUGAUGUCGAAGUGUGCUUUUGAAAUGUUUACACAGUUCGUUGUACUUCUGCGUUACAGCCACCAGGUCGUUCCAUAUUUGUUCGAUCAAUCGGUUUUUCUUAUCAAGUAAAGCCUGAAAAUACGUUUGACGACGAUGAGCAGUUGGAACGCGCGAAACUAUUUUAUUUCAAUAUUCGGGGCAAGAAUAAAAUUAUACAUCAAUACCUAAAUUGUACAGUAUGCUUAAUGUUAAGUUAAUAUUGUUUGAAGUGUGUACAAAUAUAUUAUGUCCUGGUGAGAGAGGUAGGUCAUUUAAUUAAAUAAAAAUAAUUGAACCUUCA